UGAUGAGUGAGAUGUAGAGAUGUGGGCAGGCACAUAUGAGCAAUACCAUGACUUCCUUGCAUCUCUGUUUCUAGGACAUCCCGUUAAUCCCAUCACCCUCCUGACAAAAGGUGUAUGCAAUGUGAUUUCAUCCCUCAUCUAUGCCCAUCGCUUUGAGUAUGAAGACUCUUUCUUAAACAGGCUGCUCAAAACAUUACAGCAAAGUUUUGGAGAGGACUCUGGCUUCAUUGCUGAGGUGCUGAAUGCUCUCCCGGUGCUUCUUCGCAUCCCUGGACUGCCCGGCAAAGCCUUCCCCAAGCUGACGGCUUUCAUAGACUCACUGGAUAAGAUGGUGAUUGAGCACAAGACAUCCUGGGACCCUGCCCAGCCUCCCCGAGACCUGACAGAUGCCUUCCUGGCUGAGAUGGAGAAGGCCAAGGGGAAUCCUGAGAGCAGCUUCAAUGAUGGGAACCUGCGUGUGGUGGUGGCUGACAUGUUCAUGGCGGGGACAGUUGCCACCUCUACCACACUGUCCUGGGCCCUGUUGCUCAUAAUCCUGCACCCGGAUGUGCAGAGCCGCGUCCACCAGGAGAUCGAUGAAGUCAUAGGGCAGGGGUGGCGUCCAGAGAUGGCAGACCAAGCCCGCAUGCCCUACACCAAUGCUGUCAUUCAUGAGGUCCAGCGAUUUGCAGACAUUGUCCCAGUGAAUAUACCACACAUGACAUCCCGUGACAUUGAAGUACAGGGCUUCCUCAUCCCUAAAGGAACGACCCUCAUCCCCAACCUGUCCUCCGUGCUGAAGGAUGAGACUGUCUGGGAGAAGCCCCUCCAGUUCUACCCUGAACACUUCCUGGAUGCCCAGGUCCACUUUGUGAAGCAUGAGGCCUUCAUGCCAUUCUCAGCAGGCCGCAGAGCAUGCCUGGGGGAGCCUCUGGCCCGCAUGGAGCUCUUCCUCUUCUUCACCUGCCUUCUGCAGCGCUUUAGCUUCUCGGUGCCUGAUGGAGAGCCCCGGCCCAGCGACCGUGGCAUCUAUGCAUUGCCAGUUACCCCAAUCCCCUAUGACCUCUGUGCAGUCGUGCGCUAGAAAGAACAGCAGCUCCAACCUUCCCCCAAGCUUGUGAUAAUUGAUGUCCAAUAAACCCGUUCUGUGGCUGCCACUCUU